AUGGCCACAUCCUCAAAGGUUAUUGAGUUCUGUAAUGCAGAGUGGAUGUUUUCCACUUCUGUGAUCCUCUCGUGGGCACCAGCAGGGUCUAAUAUAGCAGACAGAUGUAUGGCCGCCAUUUUGCAAGUCCAUGAUGCUCUUUUUGCUUCUAUGGUCCACUGCAGGCAGGGCUCAAAACACACAGAAAUCCAUAGAUCAGUGAGAAAUGAAGCAUCAGAGGGAAACACAGGAACAUUUUUCACAAAUGUAGAAUUUUCUUCUGAUGGAUUUAAAAUCGAAAGCCAUAGUCUUAUGCCAGGUAAACAAGAUGAGAAAACUAGCAGUUCAUUUUACAUGCUCUUUAAUGAGAUGGAAGAUUCAUCAUCAAAAUGGGACUUUCUUAAGCCUUCUCCUUCAAGUACCUUAAGUAAAAGAAAGAAGUGCUCCACAGAUGAUGAAACGGUCAUAAUAACUGUUGGUUUUUUUAACCACUUAACUUAUUUUCUGGCUGCUGGUGCUGUUACUUUGGGAAUUGGUUUCUUUGCUUUGGCAUCAGCUUUGUGGUUCCUGAUUUGCAAACGAAGAGAAAUAUUUCAAAAUUCCAAAUUUAAAGCAACUGAUGAGAGAUGCAGGCAAAGAUCAUUAAAGGGAAAGAUUAAAAAUCAUUCUCAGUGUAUCUUUAUUUCUCGAAAUUUUCAUACUGGAGGAUUCCAAUCACAGGAGGAGCAAAGAAAAAAGGAAACAGCACAUAUAAAAGUAAUAAAAGAUCACUCUAAAGAUGAAUUCUGCCUUGCAACAAAAAAGGUCAUUUGUGACCCCUCAGAGACUAGCUUGGCAACACAUCCCAGCAGUGUUACCUUAAGCUUAUCAACACUACCAUCUGAUUCUUAUUACAGCCAAAGUAUAGAAGCAGCUGAUGACUGGUUUUCUGAUGAUACUCUAGCAAAAAAGAGCUCUCCAAUUCCUUUUCUCAGGGAACCUCUAAUGGAAAAAGUACUUUCAUACCUGUCAACAAUUUCAUUAGAAGAUUGUACUGAAAAUGUACUGAACAUGACACUUUAUGAUGAUCAGAAAGAUGACAGCAUUAAGGAAAUAUUUUCACGAAGAAAUACAGAGGUUGAAAUACAAAACCUUCAACAUAAUAUUGAAUGA